AUUUCGCGAUCCCCAUCUCCCCCUCUCUUCCAUGGCAGAGCCGCCGCCGCCCCCGUCGCAGUCUCCGGCGCAGACGCCGCUGCCCACGCAGCCGCAGACGCCCGCGGCAACCGCGCGAGAUGACAUGAUGGCGUGCGUGGCUGCGCUGGAGGCGGCGCUGCUGCCGUGCCUCCCCGCGCGUGAGCUGCAGGCCGUCGACCGCUCCCUCCAGUCCUCACACCAGAUUGAUGUCGAGAGGCACGCCAGGGAUUUCAUGGAGGCCGCCAAGAAGCUACAGUCUUACUUCAUCAGCCUGCAGCGUGAGGACCAACCAACAAACGAAGAACUGCUUCGUAAGGAGAUUACUACAAUGGAGGAAGAACUGAAGACCAAGUCUGAGCUCAUUGCCAAGCACAAGAGUCUCAUUGAAGGGUGGCAGAAAGAACUAAAGGACCAGCUGGGCAAGCACAACACCGAGCUCGAAAGAGUUUGAUUCCGCCAUGUACAUUUCCUAUUUCAACCAGAAUGACCAUGAAAUUCUGUGUGGGUGAAUGUUAGAGUCGUCCCUGGAAGAAUUGUGUCAGGCAAGAGACAAGCCAGCAUAACUAAUGUUUAGGAUCUGAUUAGUCAAAUUGUUUGUCGAUGUCU